AUGGUUAUUUCUCGUUCCACAUAUCCUACUGGUGGACAGUGGGCGGGACACUGGCUUGGAGACAACUAUGCACGAUGGGACAAUCUGGAUAAAUCGAUCAUUGGUAUGAUGGAAUUUAGUCUCUUUGGAAUAUCAUAUAGACAAGAUCCUGCUUCUUGGAAUGAAACUUUCUCUAAUAUGUCAAGGAACAUUCUAAAUAUCAGAUACAGCUUAUUGCCCUAUUUCUAUACACAAAUGCAUGAAAUUCAUGCUCAUGGUGGCACUGUUAUCCGACCCCUUUUGCAUGAGUUCUUCAAUGAAAAGCCAACCUGGGAUAUAUUUAAGCAGUUCUUAUGGGGUCCAGCAUUUAUGGUUACCCCUGUAUUGGAACCCUAUGCUGAAGUUGUAUAUGCCUAUGUCCCUAAUGCUCGGUGGUUUGACUACCAUACAGGCCAAGAUAUUGGUCUCAGAGGACAAUUUCUUUAUUUUGAUACUCCUUUUGAUACAAUAAACUUACAUGUCCGUGGUGGCUACAUCCUACCGUGUCAAGAGCCUGCUCAAAACACAUUUUUCAGUCGACAAAAUUACAUGAGACUUAUCGUUGCUGCUGAUGAUAAUCAAAUGGCACAAGGAUCUCUGUUCUGGGAUGAUGGAGAGAGUAUAGGUGUUUACAUCUUACUUUAUAGAAAUAAGAGUUUCAGUAACAUUCGCAGAGCUAAAAUGAUCAGUUGCCAGGAGCAGGGCAUCAAAAGAAUCAACAGUGAUGAAGUCCAUCUUCAGUCUGGAAAAGAGCUGGCUCAGCUGAUGCUCUUGUGA